CAGCCUGUAUUCUUAUAAAAAAGAACGUAACUUGAAUGCUGAGUUGAACGCAAUCGAGUGGAUUGAACUCAACUUAGUUCGGAAAUCCGUGAUUAUUAGGUGUUCGCAUGACUGCCGCGUUCGGCUGGUAACACAAACACGAUCUGGUACUACUCGACCCGACAUACAAGACAAUCUAUGUGCAAAGGGAUUCUGUUCGUCCCAGCUUUGAACGGCUGAUACUUCGCUGUCUGAGCUCAGUCAGGCAAGUACUGGAUAGUGGUUGACACAUUAUGCUACUAGAUCAACAUCUCGAGCAUUGCACUUUUUGGUUCUGCCCCCCAUGCUCCUAAUUUUGACACGAUAGCAUAAUAAAGAAUGGGUCUUAUUCAUCAUUACGCAGCAUUACGUCAUCAGUUGCGCGAAAUUUUCUCAAUGUUGUUUUCACGAGGGUAUUCUUUUCAUCUUUGCUGGUUUGGGGAUUUGUUCGUCGUCAUGCAUAUAAAACGUACUCUUUGUAAGGAUCACACCGGGAUUACAAUUCGAAAAAGGUGCAUAUAUAUUAAUGGUUCUACACGUGGUCAAAGGUUGCUCGCAACCUGCAGUGUAAUAAUGGAAAUGCCCUUUGCAUUCACAUUGUUAGAUUUAGUCACAAAUUAAGUGUUCAAAUUAAUUUACUGUUUACCUAAGUCAUGGCCUCCAUCAGUCUGUCCGUAUAAACUUAGUAUUACCGCAUCUUCGCAAGGUAAGCAGAAUUCGUGGCUUGCAAAAGCACCUAAAGGCGCAUAUUUCAAAAUAUUUCUGACGCUUUUGCGCGUUGUGUGACAUGCGCUAUCAUUUGGCGAAUACAAGAGCAGCCGUUGGCUCCAGCAUUGGCUAUUGUCAUGUAAUGUAUGACUUGCUGAUAUUUCGCAAUCAGUUUACCGGGCGGGAAAAAUAUUAGUUCAUCGAUUACAGUAGCAUGCUCAGGAAAUCACAACCAGCGCGCAACCAAACGGCGACUUAACUGCGGCCUUGUGGGUCAAGUAACACAGAAAAAAGCAUGGCCGAAGAAAAUGACAGAAAUACUUAUGGGGCUGUUGGCUCGACACAACUCAUCAACGAAGACGAACAACAAGAACAAGUUCGGAGCGUUGAUUCCUUUUAUGAAGACCACCCUGGCGAAAAUGAGGAUAAGAGAUUUUUACUUGGUAUUGAUCCUGAAAAAAGACAGUUAGACAAUAGAAGAGACGAAGAACAAGUGGAAAAAUCAAACGAGGAUGGUGAAAACCAUCUACAUAUUAUCAACGGCUUAACAUCAACGGAAAAAUUACAGCGACCUACUCGUGUGUCUUUCAGCAAAGAGCAACCGGCAAAUCAGAAUGACGGGGCUGUCACGCCUGUCACGCCAAUCGUUGGGCGUCACGUGUCCUUUAUAGAAAAAGCCAAUCAAAAUGAACCAAGUGAUGCAGGGGCUCCAUAUGAUAACCGCGGAUGCACCGACAUGCAGUCGUUAUCAGAUUCGUUAUCACGCGUGCGCGCUAUUACGAACUGUGGCGUACAUUAUCACACUCACAGCGAGGCCGAGGAAUGUAACGAAAGCGAGAUUUCUCUUGCUCUGAGUUAUCGCCGAAGCUUUUCACAAACUCGACGAAGGAGGAGACAAUACACAAGACAGGGGACAAUGGUUUCGGAUUCCUUUGUUAACGAAUGCAUUUGCUGUUGUACGAUUCUUUAACGCGAUGAUUUCAAUUUUUACCAACUUUGAGGUGGCGACUUACUUAUUUGAUAAUGAUAAAGAAUUAAUAUAUGCCUACAUGUACAUUUUGCUUUUUAAACAAGAAAAUGGGGUCUCCGAGGAUGGAAAAUAUCUUGAUGUGAAAGACAUAUGGUGGUGGAAACAAAUUACAGUCAAUGUUUUUUAAUCUCGAGUGUGGCUUUGUAGUUUAUAGAUUCCAGGCAUAGAUUGUGUACAGCUGUUCCCUCACCUAGGAAAAAUUUUACCCAACCUAUUUCUGCUUCAGCAACUUGCGAAAUCAAAUACGCAAACGAUUAGGCUUACGUAAUUUUACUGCUCUCUGUUAAUUAGUUUUUCCAGGAGCUCAUCACUAGGAGCGUGCAACUCCCAUACUUCGCCUACGUCACGGCAUUUUCAGACUGGUCUAUUUUUAGGCUUCUUUUCCCGUGAAAUAGAUUAGUUUGAUUUUCGGUCUACAUGAGUGCGCAUCGGUAGGAAAAAAAAUGGCGGCCUCGGGUGGACAUGUUGACCUACCCUUCCGGUGAAAACAUGACGUCAGUUAACAAUUAAGAGGCGCUGCGCCUAAGAAACGACCGAUGAUUUCCGGCUAAAAAAUAA